AUGAGCGCCUUCCUCGGUCUAGUCCCCCAGUAUCCCAGCCCAACCCUGGAACCACCACCACCCUACGGCGGCACAUCUUCCCAACUCCGGCCCCUCCGUCAUCGCCGACCUGCUACUUCUCUCCCCAGCACUUACACCCCCUACCCGCCAGACGCACCAUGUCCGCCCAACCGCACCAUGGUCCAGGGCUUCGAGUGGUAUUGUCCUCCGGAUUUCCAACACUGGCGACGCCUGACCAAAAUUAUCCCCACGCUCGCCCAGCUUGGCAUUACCCAGAUCUGGAUCCCACCCGCUUGUAAGGCCAGCUGGAAGACCGGUAACGGAUAUGACAUCUACGACCUCUACGACCUAGGCGAGUUCGAGCAAAAGGGCUCUCGCAAGACGAAAUGGGGCGGAAAGGAGGAACUCCAACAGUUAGUAGCCGUCGGAGCUCAAUACGGCGUCUCGGUGCUCUUCGACGCCGUCCUCAACCACAAAGCCGCCGCCGACUUUAAGGAACCCGUCCUCGCCCGACGCGUGGACCCCAAGGACCGACGGGUGGUGCUAGACAGAAAGCCUACAGAGAUCGAAGCCUGGACCGGUUACGACUUCCCGGGAAGACAGGGGAUGUACUCCCCACUCCGCUGGUCGGCGCGACACUUUACGGGAAUUGACUACGACGACCUGCGCAAGGAAAACGCCAUCUGGAAGUUUGAAGGCAAAGAGUGGGCCGAGGACGUAGACGAAGAAAACGGAAACUACGAUUACCUAAUGUUUGCAGAUAUCGACCAUCAGCACCCCGAAGUCAAGCGGGAUCUUUUCCACUGGACAUGGUGGCUGAAAUCCCAACUGCCUCAACUCGGUGGAUUGCGACUAGACGCCAUCAAGCACUACUCCUACUCCUUUGUCCGUGAAUUUCUAGCCAACAUCGACCGCCACGUCGCCCCUGGACCCCCUGGGAGCCCAGGGACGUGGUUCAUUGUAGGCGAAUACUGGCGCGAAGAUUCCGAGUUUCUCGCGCGCUACAUCGAAUUCAUGCACCACCGCUUAUCUCUCUUCGACGUGCAGUUAGUCUCCAACUUCUCCCGCAUCUCUUUAGCCUCCGAACACCUCCAAGCCUCUCCCACCGGUGGUGGUGGUGGUGCUCCCGGGAUCACGUACGGCAGCCGCGACACCGACCUCCGCACCUUAUUCGACGACACCCUCUGCAUCUGGAAACCGCACAACGCCGUCUCCUUUGUCGUUAACCACGACACGCAAAAGGGCCAAUCGCUCGAAACGCCGAUAGCCCCCUUUUUCAUGCCCCUCGCCUAUUCUCUCAUCUUACUUCGCGCCAACGCCGGUGUGCCCUGCGUGUUUUGGUCUGAUCUCUACGGUUCCUUCGGCGUCACUUCCAAUGACACCCCUGCCUCCGAAGACGCCGCGUCUCCUCGAGAUACGCCCCUACCGGACCCUCAGUACUGGAAGCCACCGAUGUGCGGCGGGCAAGUACUUCCAAAGUUGAUGCUAGCGAGACGGUUGUGGGCGUACGGGACGCAGUACGAUUAUUUGGAUCAUCCGCAUUGCGUCGGGUUUACGAGGACGGGACAUUAUAGCCAGGCUGGUGGGGCGGGCGUGGCGUGCGUGAUGGCCAAUUGGUGGGAACAUGCUAGCAAAAGGAUGUACGUGGGCGUGGAACAUGCGGGCGAGGUGUGGACGGAUUUGCUCAAGUUUUGCCCGGGUGAGGUGAUGAUUGAUGAAGGAGGGUGGGGAGUGUUUCCUGUUGCGGCGAGGAGUGUGGCUGUGUGGGUUAGUAGGGAUGCUGAAGGGCGGGAGGGGGUUGAUGCGUUUGAACUGGACACCGAUGUUUACGGUUUCAACCAGAGGCAGCAGGAGCAGAUGUACGAGAGUCAGAGGGGCCCAGCGGUGGAGGAAGAGCCAGAGGAUUGGAUGGUUGCUGCGAGGGGGGCGGCGGCCGAGUACUUGGCCAUGACAGGAUCUGAUUAG